AUGGCUCUCCUAAAAACAGUGUGCCUAUUUGCGCUGGCAUACACUGCCGUGGCCUCCCCACUGCAUGCACGCCAGGAUGACGAACCAUCGACCGUGACCGUGACAGUCAGGAAGACGCCCGCCGUCGUGGACGUCACGCGGACCACCACAAGAAGUGUCUACACAACCACCACCACCGUCGUCUCCAACAUCAACUGCACCCGCACCGUUCUCGCAUCAGUCCCUGCUGCUCUUCCUCCGGCGCCGGCGACACCUCCUCCGUCAGCGGAGACGCCUCCUCCGGCGGCUGAGACGCCUCCUCCGCCAGCCGAUGACGACUCUGGCGACGACUCUGGAGACGCGGCCCCCAUCCCCAUCCUUCGCCGUCAAGAUUCCGACACCGACACGGCCACCCCCACGGCCACCGAGGCGCCCACCGAGACACCCACCGAGGCGCCCCCCGCCAAGCCCACAGCGGUCACAGUGACCGCGACGACGGAGCUCCCGGCACGGACCAGGACAGUCGUGGCGGCUGUCACCGUGACUCAGACGGAGCCUCAGACCCGCCUCAGCUACCAAUGCAGCGCGACGAUUGCCUAUGUGCUCACCACUGAUGCCACGACCACCAUUUCGUACACGCAGACCACGUACCUGUCCACCGCUGUGGCCGUCACCACCAUUGACUGUCCUCUCGGAGGCGGAUUCGGAGGCGGAUUCGGAGGCGGUGGGUUCGGCGGCGGCGGGUUCGGCGGCGGCGGGUUCGGCGGCGGCGGCCGAGGUGGCGGUGGCGGUGGCGGUGCGGGCGGCCCCGGCCGUACAUCCCCACCUGCAGCACCCACCAGGACCGAGCCACCGGCCGUGCCCAAGAGGCAAGAGGACGGCGGCGACGGCGACGACGACGCCGCCGCGCCCCCGGCCCCGACCGCCACUGCUGUCGAACCCACGGCUAAUGAGCCCGUGACCACGACGGUCCACCGGACGAGGGUCGAGUACACCAGGGUGACGGUCACGGCCAGCGAGACGACGUCGACGCGCUACGAGUGCAGCACCACGGCUGCUGCUGCUCCGCCCGCCGUGACUCCGCCUGCCGAGACUCCGCCGGCCGAGACUCCGCCUGCCGAGACUCCGCCGGCCGAGACUCCGCCUGCCGAGACUCCGCCUGCGGACGAUCCGCCUGCGGACGGAGAGUGA